GGCAUAAUGGAACCAAAGAGAGCAUGAACUUUGGAAUCAAACCAUCUUUAAUUUUAUUUAGCGUUUUCAUUUAGUAGCUGUGACACCUUGGAUGCUUUAAUUAACCUCUUUUAACUUCAGAAUCUCAGAUUAAAAAAAAAAAAAUUUAAGUGGGAGUAAUAAUGCCAGAAUUGUGGGGUACUUUAAAUCAAGUAACAAAGAUAAAAGUGCCUAACAGAAAUACCAUGGAUGAAUCUCACAAACAAAAUGUUGAGUGGAAGGGAGUGGACAUAAAAGAGUGCUACUAUAUAAUUUCAUUUUUAUAAAGUUCAAAGCAGAUAAAACUAAUCUGCAAUGUUAGAAGUUAGGACAGUGGUUACCCUUGGGUAGAGUCGUGACUGGGAGGGGGCACAAAGAGUACUGCUUGGGUGCUAGUAAUGGUCUGUUUCUGGGUUUAGAGACUGGUUAUACACUGAAAGUUCAUUGAGCUUUACACUUAAUGGCUUGUGUACUUUUGGUAUGUGUAUUAUACUUUAAUAAAAAGUUGCUUGUAAAGUACCUAGCAUAGAACCUAGCACGUAGUUGGUUCCCUUUUCCUACUAUGGUUCUGUAAGUUAACAACAUGAAAGUCUAUUUUAACAAAAUGGCCUACCCUCUUUUGCUUUUAACUUUCAAUUUUCUUUGUUUUGUAAUGAUUCUUUGCCUCCUAAUUCCAGUUUUACACCGAGGCCAUGUUUAAUAAGUAUGUAUAGAUGUAUAAUUGAAGGUGUUUAGGUCAGUCAGACCAGGAGAAAUUGAAUGUCUGACCACUGUGAUGUAGGAUUAAAUCAGGAAUAUGAAUUUUGACUUGAUAUUAUUCUCUGAUCUUUGCAUGAGUCAGUGAUGUUUCACUUUUUAAAUGGAGAUUUUUCUGAUUUGAGUAAUAUAAUUUUGUCUGAUGUCAGAUUAACUUCAUUAUUUACUUUUUUCAUGGUAUGAUAUUGGGCUUAAUCUAUUAUUUUUUGCACUUUAGAUACAAGCCAAUUAUAAUGUACCAGGCUUGAAAUGGUCACUGUUAUACUCCGUAAACUGAAAAAACCAAACCCAUUGCCGUCAAGUCAAUUCCUACUCAUAGCUACCCUAUAGGACAGAGUAGAACUGCCCCAUAGGGUUUCCAAAGAGUGCCUGAUGGAUUUGAACUUCCGACCUUUUGGUUAGCAACCAAACUGAACUCUUAACCACUAUGCCACCAGGGCCUAGCAGAAGAAAUAACUUAUUCAGCUUUUUAAAUAGACUUUCCAACAAUCUUAAGUUUUUUAUAACAGGAUUCUGCACAAAUUUCCAAGUAUACAAGUCUACUUCUACACUUGUAGUACAACAACAAUAAGGUAAAAACAAUAAGCAUAAUUCUCUUUCAGUGAUAAAGAAUCCAAGCAAAAAAUGUAAGGUGCUAUGGAGUUACACCAAACCUAUUGCCAUUGAAUCGUUUCCAACUUAUAGCGUAGGCCCUAUUAUUUCCAUUUUACUGAUGCAGAAAUUGGACAUUUAGUUACUUGCCCUGGUGGCGCAGUGGUUAAGAGCUCAGCUGCUAACCAGAAGGUCAGCAGUUUGAAUCCACCAGCCGUUCCUUGGAAACCCUAUGGGGCAGUUCUACUCUGUACUAUAGGGUUGCUAUGAAUUGGAAUCGACUCGAUGGCAACAGGUUAUAGAUAGUACCAUUAUCCAAAAAAAGAAUAUGUUUAUCAGUAGAUAGUUAGCAUGGAAACAUGCUGAAUGGGAAGUUGUAAAGAAAAUUGAUUGCAGGUUACAUCCAGGACUACUCAGGAAGGGGAAUGCUAUAACUCAAGGACUAAUUUUUUAAAAGUCCCUGUAAUACUUGUUGUGUUCUGUUGUGACACGAUUGUAUGGGGCUAUCAAACCCUUAUGCGUUGAGAUUAGGCAUUGGCAAACUAUGGCCUGUGAGCCUGUUCCAGCCUGUUGCCUGUUUUUGAAAUUAAAGUUUUAUUGGAACACAGCCACACCCAUUUGCUUCUGUAUUGUCUGUGACUGCUUUCAUGCUGCAACAGCAGAGUCGAGGAGUUGUGAUAGAGACCAUAUGACCUGCAAAGUCUAAAACAUUUAUCUGGUCUUUGCUAGAAAAAGUUUACGAGCCUCUGAUGUAGACAGAUAACUCCCCUUGCUCUGGCUGCACACUGCCCAAGAAAUCUUCUGGUUCUCAUUUGGAUUUUUGUGUAGGUGAGCCUUUAGAGUUAAGUGGCCCUGGUCAUGCACCAAUGAAUAUUUUAGUUCACAUGGCAGUUGUAUUUCUCACAGUAAAUUAAUAAAUUAACAUUCUAAUUUAUACAUCAGUGUUUUAUGACCUAUAAAUCUGCCCUCAAGGAUCUUUUCCAUGUUUAAUAGAAUCAGGGUUCUGAACCCACAAAACUUGAGGAAAGAUCUUGGAAAUUGAAAACCUAACCAAAUUGCUGCCCUUGGGAAGCCUUGUCUGGGUGACCAGGUUGCUUGUUUCCUCUGAUAAAAACCCAGUUUUCCUGCAUGUCUCCUUCGAUCUACAGCAGUUUGCAUUUCUAAUUUUUUCUAUCUUUUGCUUCUAGAUUUCUCCAUCUUGUUAAGGAGGAACAAUGUCCUAUUUGGUAUAGCUGAUGGUAUCGUGCAAAAAAUCAGAUCCUCGAAAAGAUGGAGACAUUAACAUACAGAGAAGCUAACUUGCCGGAGGUCAGAGCAAGGUAUUGGUGGAUCCAGGGAUAAAUCUCAAGCCUCUUAACUCCUUGACCAGUUUUAGUCCAUCGACUAUGCAGCCUAGUGCCAUGAUGUCAUUCAUGUCAUUGGCAUGAAUUUUCCAAGUUGGGAGAAGAGGUUUAAUAGACUGGAAUGAUGUUAGGAAACACAAAUAUGGUCACCUAUCAGAAUCUACAUCCCAAUAUCAAGAAGCUGCUGACAUUCUGGAGCUAGCAUCUAGUGCUUUUUGCAUGGCCCAAAGGGGCCCUGUGCUGCUCCACUACAGAGGAAACUUCAAGAAAUGCUGGUUUGCUACAGUAUUUUAGCUUGUGAGAGUCUCUGGGACCUUCCCUGCUACAUCAUGGGGUCACCUCUAGGUCAUUUUACCUGGGACAGAUACCUAAAAGAAACAUGUUCAGUCCCAGCGCCUGUCCAUUGCUUCAAGCAGUCCUACACACCUCCAAGCAACGAAUUCAAGAUCAGCAUGAAAUUGGAAGCACAGGACCCCAGGAACACCACAUCCACCUGUAUUGCCACAGUAGUUGGACUGACAGGUGCCCGCCUUCGCCUGCGCCUUGAUGGAAGUGACAACAAAAAUGACUUCUGGCGCCUGGUUGACUCAGCUGAAAUCCAGCCUAUUGGGAACUGUGAGAAGAAUGGGGGUAUGCUGCAGCCCCCUCUGGGAUUUCGGCUGAAUGCUUCCUCUUGGCCCAUGUUCCUUUUGAAGACAUUAAAUGGAGCAGAGAUGGCUCCCAUCAGGAUUUUCCACAAGGAACCACCAUCUCCUUCCCACAACUUCUUCAAAAUGGGAAUGAAGCUAGAAGCUGUGGACAGGAAGAACCCUCAUUUCAUCUGCCCAGCCACUAUUGGGGAGGUGCGGGGCUCAGAGGUGCUUGUCACUUUUGAUGGGUGGCGAGGGGCCUUUGACUACUGGUGCCGCUUCGACUCCCGGGACAUCUUCCCUGUGGGCUGGUGUUUUUUGACUGGAGACAACCUACAGCCACCUGGCACGAAAGUUGUGAUUCCAAAGAAUCCCUAUCCUGCAUCUGAUGUGAACACUGAGAAGCCCAGCAUCCAUAGCAGCACCAAAACUAUCUUGGAGCAUCAACCAGGGCAGAAGGGGCGUAAACCAGGAAAGAAACGGGGCCGGACACCCAAGACCCUAAUUCCCCAUCCCAUCUCUACCCCAUCUAAGUCAGCUGAACCUUUGAAAUUCCCAAAGAAGAGGGGUCCCAAACCUGGCAGUAAGAGAAAACCUCGGACUUUGCUGAACCCACCACCCACCUCACCAACAACCAGCACCCCUGAACCGGAUACCAGCACUGUGCCCCAAGAUGCUGCCACUAUCCCCAGCUCUGCCAUGCAGGCCCCCACAGUUUGUAUUUACUUGAACAAGAAUGGCAACACAGGCCCCCACUUAGAUAAGAAGAAGGUCCAGCAGCUCCCUGACCAUUUUGGGCCAGCCCGCGCCUCUGUGGUGUUGCAGCAGGCUGUCCAGGCUUGCAUCGACUGUGCUUAUCACCAGAAAACUGUCUUCAGCUUUCUCAAACAGGGCCAUGGCGGUGAGGUUAUCUCAGCCGUGUUUGACCGGGAGCAGCACACCCUCAACCUCCCAGCAGUCAACAGCAUCACCUACGUCCUCCGCUUCCUGGAGAAGCUCUGCCACAACCUUCGUAGUGACAAUCUGUUUGGCAACCAGCCCUUUACGCAGACUCACUUGUCACUCACUGCCACAGAGUACAGCCACAGCCACGACAGGUAUUUACCAGGUGACACCUUUGUCCUCGGGAAUAGCCUGUCCCGGUCCCUGGAGCCACACUCAGAUCCAAUGGACUCUGCCUUGAAUCCCAACAACCUUGUUGUCAGCACCUCCCAAAAUCUUCGAGCCCCAGCUUACCGGCCCUUGCUUCCAUCCUGUGGCCUCCCACAGAGCACUGCCUCAGCUGUGCGCAGGCUGUGUUCCAGGGGGUCAGACCGAUACCUGGAAAGCCGGGAUGGCUCGAGACUGAGUGGCCGGGACCCCUCCUCAUGGACAGUUGAAGACGUGAUGCAGUUUGUUCGGGAAGCUGAUCCUCAGCUUGGACCCCACGCUGACCUCUUUCGCAAACACGAGAUCGACGGCAAGGCCCUGCUUCUGUUGCGCAGUGACAUGAUGAUGAAGUACAUGGGGCUGAAGCUGGGGCCUGCACUCAAGCUCUCCUACCACAUUGACCGGCUGAAGCAGGGCAAGUUCUGAACAGGGAGGUGCAUCCUAGACAACUGAGUGGUCAAGCAGAUGGGGUGUUCUUCCCCCAUGAAAGAGGGCAGUCAGCCCACUCCCGGGUGCCUCAAUGGGAUUCCGGGCCUCCUCAAGACUCCAGGCUGUGUGGAGCCACUACUAGCCCCUCCUGCCAUGAUGUGUCCUUCCAUGAAGGACUGAAGAGGGGAAAACAUGGGGCCCAGGGCUGGCACUGCUCUUCCCCUCAGCCCUACCUUGGCUCUGAGGUCCCCUGUAUUUAUUUCUCAAGUCUGGCCAGCCUCUCUCCAGGAGUCUGGACUGGGCGCCUUCCAAGUGAUGGGGAAGGAGCCAACCCUGGGGCCUUGGAAGACAGGGCCUGGAAUUGGCAGUGGUGCCCAGUCCCCUCACCACCUACUAGGCCUGGUGUGGCACCCCAUUGCCCCACAGCUCCUGCCUUCUCCCACCAGCUCCCUAGACUCCAAAAUGAUGGUGCAAACCUCUACCUUUAAAAAAAAAAGAUCUUUUCUUAUUGUUAAUUUAUUGUUUCUGGCACUUGAGCAAGCCCUCCAGUUCAUAGUCCUCGCACCUUGGAGCCUGGGUUUCAGGAGGUCGGAGAAUGGCCCGCCCUGGCCCCUUUCCAGAGGACACUACCUUAGGGAACUUGCUUUUAGGGGUGGACAGACCGCAGAGCCUUGACCACAUCACUCAGCAUGGGGAGGAGAGGGUCACUGUCAGCUUCCCCUCCCUUCCCCCACUGGGGUCUUUGCAGCUCCGAGCCUCAUGUGCGGGAAUGUGAGCCCCCGCCCUGCCACAUCUACAGACAGUCCUCGACCCAAGCUUCUUGCCCUGACCAGAAUUGCUACCGAAGAAGAUUGGGCCCAAUGAUUUUAGGCCCAGGAAGCCCUAACGUGAAUGGGAGGGAGGGGUCUCCAGGCUGGAGUCUGGCUCCACCCACUCUGCUGUCCAUUUGCUUCCUUUGUAAGCAAGUCUGCAGCAAGCUGCCUCUGCUACCAUCUGGACUUAUUUUAUGUCGAUUUGUUUAUAAAUAAAAAUCAAUAUAGAUGCCAGUGUCCUUUUAAUCAGUUGACGGCUAAAACACUGUGCCUCCACUAGGCAAGUCACUCCCCUUCUCUUGGUCUUAGUUUUCUCAUAGGUAAAAUGAGGAGCUUGGGCAAGAUGUUCCCUAAGUGUUCUCCUAAUUCCAGCAAUCCCUAAAGAACAGGCUGUCUGCCAGAUGCCCACUGCGGACCCAGCAUUGUGUAAGCCCCCGGGGAACACAGAGUUGGGGUCCAGUGUCUGCCCUCAAAGGGCUUCACACUGGUAGAGCUCAACAGUGGUGAGCACAGGGGGUCCAAGAAGCCAGAGCAGGAGGGAACAAUAUUCGGGUCAGCUCCUCUGAGGAACCUCCCCGUCUGGAUUCAUGUUCAUCCUCUUUGGGUGAGGAGAGAUGCAGGCAGGCCCAGCCAAGUCAGGGCUGCACUGAGCAGGGGCUAGAUCCCAAGUCCAGGGCCACACACCUCUGUUUAUAAUGGGGGUGUAGGGUUCAGGGGAGGGGAAGGUGUAGGGAACAGCAAAGGAGUCCAGGGUAACCUAAUAAUGAAAAUAGCUAACACUUUGAUAACAGAAUGUGCCAAGCAAACUGCUUUACAUGAAUUAUCUUAUUUAAUCUUAACAACAAACCCAUUUUAUAGAUGAGGAAACAAACUUAGGUACAUAGCCAAGAAGUACCAUAGUAGGCAUUUGAAGCCAAGUAAUCUGACUCCAAGGCCAUGCCCAGGGUUCUAGCCAGUCCACUGAGUUGCUGUGAAGCUUUGGGCAAGUCAUUUCCCUUAUUUGGGUGCAGCUGGCUAUGAAGGUUUGGCUGAGAUUUCUGCGGGCACUGCCAGCUCUGACCAGUAACUGGUUCUGACAUCAGAACAGACUUAUAAUGUCUUGUUCACUUGGCCACUGUGAGGCUCUGACUGUGGUCACUGACACAGUCAUGGUCAGAGCUGCCAAACCAGAAGAGGUCCUGUUUUCCACAGACUCCUGGACAUUGGGGUAUGUUCAUUCAGGGUACUCCCAAGAAGGGCCUUACUAAACCCUGCUAAUGAACUUUUGGAUGUGACCCUUACCCAAGAGACACAGGGACUGAAGGUAACACCAGAUACGUAGGCAUCCAGACAUGCUGCAAGGCUGGGCCUUGGGGUGCAAAAUGACACCCACCUCACCCUACCCCUGGGCCACCAAGAGUAUACAGCUUAACUCAGAACUUAUGGAGGGCUCAGUGUGCUAAGUUCUUUAUGUGCAUUAUCUCAUUUAAACCUCACAACAACCCUGUAGGAUAACUACCAUUUUCCCCCAUCUUUCAGAUGGGAAACCGUAGCUUAGGUUAUUUAUCCAAAACUCCAUAGCUAAUAAGGAAUGCAGUACAUUAUACUGCAGGCAGCACCCACCAGAGGGCCUUUGUCUUAGAGCCAACUAAACAUUCAAACUCCCUUAGGCUACCCUGGGCAUCAGAUUCACUUUGAAGGCUGUCACACAGGAAACAGCCUGCCAGCAGGACAGCCCGAAGCAGUCUUCUAUGUUCCUCUUCA